CCCAACACUAUGGAUACGGCAAUCGACCUCUCCGACGCCAGCAAGGCGCUCGACCUGGCCAACAUCCGCUUCCAAUUGAUGUAUACCACUCGACCACCCCCACCCCUGACUACACCUCGCUGAUGCUCCGUCAGCCGGCUCGAGGACACAAUCACCUUCCACCUAAUCGAGCGCGUCCAAUUCCCCCUCAACCCCUCCAUCUACAAGCCCGGCGCCGUCCGCAUCCCCGACUGCGACUACAGCCUCCUAGACUGGAUGAUCCGCGAGCAAGAACGCUUCCAGUCCCUCGUGCGCCGCUACCAGUCCCCCGACGAAUACCCCUUCUUCCCAGACGCCCUGCAGGAACCCAUCCUGCAGCCCAUCCACUACCCGCAAAUCCUACACCCGAAUCAUGUCAAUAUCAACACCAAGCUCAAACACCACUAUACCGAGCACAUCCUGCCCGCUGCGUGUAUCAACUAUGGCCGUGAAGAGCGUGGUGAGAAUCAGGAGAACUUUGGCUCGGCCGCUACCUGCGACCUGAACUGUCUGCAAGCCCUGUCGCGUCGCAUCCACUUUGGCAAGUUUGUCGCAGAGGCAAAGUUCCAACAAGAGACGGACCGCUUUGUCGACUUGAUCAGGCGUGAAGAUCGCAAGGGCAUUGACGAGGCCAUCACAAACGCUGCCGUGGAAAAGAAGGUAUUGGAGCGUCUGCGCCUAAAGGCAAAGACUUACGGCACGGAUCCCAGUAUCUCGGCUGGCGAGGCCGAUGGCGCUGCUAAAAUCAAUGUGGAUGCCGUUGUUGCCAUGUACAAGGACUAUGUCAUUCCCUUGACAAAAGAAGUAGAGGUCGAUUACCUCAUGCAGCGUCUCAAGAAUACCCAAUGGGAGUAAUGUCAAAUCCUAUGAAGUAUUUAGUUGUAUAAUCAUCUACCUUUCUGCCUGUACAGGAGGCCAACCACAACGCACUUGAAAUCUCCCUAAGCGAGUUCCAAUGCACCUGUCUUAAGUUACUACGAAUUCCAAGUCGGUUGAAAGUCGAGUCUGAAAUGAAGACGACAUUUAAGCAUAAAGGAUGCUUCUACUGUGCUUUAACCCAGAGGACCUGUCUAGUGAGCAAGUGCAGGUGCUAAGCAGAAUCUGCAGGCCUUUUGCAUUACAACGAAGCACAUCAUCACUCCGUUUUUGCAGGCAUCCAGUCG